CUGAAUUCUCCCAGUGAACACCGUCUCUCACGUGAAAUCAACAAGUUAUUCCUCGAUAAUCCUCGAAAUUAGUUACUGCACUGUUGAAACCGAUAAACUCAAUAUUUUAGUGAGGUUUUUGUGAAUUGUGACAAAAUGUAAAUAUACUUAUUUCAACACGAUCUCAACAUUAUUCAGGCGAAUAUUUCCUGAUCGUGAUUCUACCAAUUCCUGGCAGGAUGGAUACAAAAUACGAUGCCCCAAGUCCUGAUAGGAAGUUGAGUAUCACCCAGAACUAUGGUUGGAUCAGGCAGUACAGUAAACAACCUUGAUCAAACCGGUUCCCAGUCUUCACCUAGACAAGCCAGAACCAGAACAGGAAGAGGAAGAAGCUUCCUGUCCAAGAUGUGGUUGGGUAGUAGUAGUAGUACUAGUAGCAGUUCAGCAGCUACUAGCACCAGUAAACAGGAGCUGCAUACUAUACAAGAUGCUCUUUUCACAGAUUUAUAUCAUGAGGUCCGCCUAGCUGCCCCCUCUGCCCAGUUGACCUACACUCUCCGGAGUAGGUUGGAGAAGGUGGAGAGGGUUGAGAGAAGAGGGAUUGUAUCCAGGGUUAAAGAAGGAUGCUCUCCACUAUUCAUAGCGUGUAAGAAAGGGAAUGUAGAGAUAGUAGAAUACCUAAUCUCGGUAUGCCAGGCAGAUGUCGAGCAGAGAGGACAAUAUGAAGUCUUGGACGAUAGGUCAGUAAAACAAUUGUUGCCGUCAUGUGCUUUGCGGCCAGCGCGCUUAAUAGGUUGUAAUCCCAUACAGGAACAAUUUGAUGUGUUUUCUAGAUAUGGUGCUGAUGUAAAUAGCAUGUCUGAUACAGGUUCUACUCCAGUUCGGUCAGCGUGUUUCAUGACCCACCUGGAUAUAGUUCGUCUACUUGUUCUUCACAAAGCGGAUAUUCAGAAGCCUAAUUUCAACGGUGGUACCUGUCUCAUCAAUAGCGUGCAAAGUGUCGAGCUCUGUGAGUUCCUACUUCAACAUGGAGCUAACGUUAAUGCACAGGAUAUCCAAUGUAAAACUGCUCUCCACUACGCUAUUCAAGAACACAGAUUUGAAACUACUAGACUUCUUCUCUCCUUCGGGGCCGAUCUUGUUUUUUUUUUUGCAUGGCAACGAACUGUUCACACUGUGACCCCUCUGUGGUGUGCUGCCGUGGCAGGAAAAUACAGCGUUGUUGAUGUGCUUCGGUCCCUACAAUACUGGAGAGCAGCUUGUGAGGUGAGAGAACGAGCUGGUGUAUCUAAACAGAUACAGCUGCCUAGGAAACAGUACAGGCAGACCAGUGAGUUCCUGGACCGAAGAGACCUGGAGAACCUUGCUAUGGACCUAGACGUUAUGCGGAUACAGUCCCUUAUCAUCUGCGAGAGAAUUCUAGGUGUACAGCACAAGGAUAUGAUUUAUAAACUGAUGUACCGUGGUGCGGCGUACGCAGAUAGUUUACAGUAUCAACACUGUAUAGAUCUUUGGAAGUACGCUUUGGAGCUGAGGAUUGCUAAGGAUACUAUUCUAUACUGUGAUACUUGUUUUACAGCGCAGGCGCUUGUGAAACUAUUCCUUGACCUGGAGGAGAAGAAUGCAGCUGGUGUACUCGCUAGCCCGGUCAGGGGUGAGGAUGUGAUACAUACUAUUGAACUGUUGAUUGCUGAUAUGCCCAACUGUAGUGCUCUUCUUCAAAUCAGUCCUGUCUUUAAAACCCAUCAGGGUAGUUGGGAUAAGGUUCUCCGUAUAAUCACUCACCUAAUACACCUAGUAGUGCAGCUACCUAGAGUUCCAACCCUGGAACUACAACUGAGGAAGAAAAUGCAUAGAGUUCUACUCAAUAUGGAUCCUAGAACCAGUCAGGGUGACACCCUGCUACAUCUAGCGGUUUCUAAAAACAACUCCUUGAAAACUCAGAACAUUUUUGAUGAGGGUGGAAAUCAGCUGGGAAGUUUGUUUCCUUCUGUUGAAGUCACCAAGUUCCUAGUAGACUGUGGGGCUAGGUUGAAUGCCUGUAACCAGCAGGGAUCAACCCCCCUUCACACAGCUGCUUGUCUACCUAACUUCUCACAGCAGGUUGUAGAGUUGUUGCUACGAAAUGGAUCGCAUAUUGAUCUAAGGAACAAAGUAGGAAUACGUCCUUCAAAUCUCCUGGUUACCAAUCAAGCCGCUUCUAUAUCAGUUAUCAGAUACAUGAGCUUGAAAUGCCUGUGUGCUCAGGUGAUUAUUAAUAAUGAUCUACCAUUCGUCGGUGAAGUUCCCAGAAUGCUGGAAACCUUUAUCCAGGCUCAUUAAUGAACACCCAAGCUGCCAUUUUGUAUUUCUGGCGGGAAAGAUGUUGAACAAAAACAAUUAAUUCGGACUAACGAGAGAACCCUUAA